AGCGUACCGAGGAGAUGGCGGCUACAAGGCGAAAUUCAAACAAAUAUUUUACAGUUGUAUUGUAAUAUUUUUUCACAAAAAUAUGGGAUUGAAAUUGGUUUUGAUGCUUCCAUGCUUGGAGCGCACGUAUGCUGCUUCUAUUGAUGGUCGAUACUGGUUGAUUAUUUUUGGACCAAAGGAUCACAGCAAACACUGCCCAAGACACACGACCGAGUGGUUGUCGACAACGUUAUGUAGAGAGCGGUGUGGUAGUUUGUUGUGGGCAGUAUUUUUUUUUUGUUUUACUCCUGUGCAACUCAUCCUGACGAUGUUCCGCAACGCUUUUCAGCAUAGAUUCGUGACAGUUUUCUCGAGCGCCGGAAGCAAACCAUUGGCCAUCUGGGAUGUGCACACGAAAAACGGGCACUCGCGGCGGGUAACCGAUGAAGAUAUCCGCUCCCUGGCCUUCGAACUGAUCGGGGUGAAUGUUGCGACCACGUACAUGGUAGCACCGUGUGCACCAUGUCCCUCGCUUUCGAUAAAGCUCCCAUUUCUGGUGAUGUUGGUUAAAAAUAUGAAAAAGUUCUUUUGCUUCGAGGUUCAGAUCCUGGAUGAUAGACAAUCGCUACGUCGGCUACGCUUUUCCAACUAUCAGAGUGGAACGCGCGUGGAUAAUUUCAGCUCCUGCAUGCCCCUAUCGUUGACCUGCAAUUGGAACCAUGUGCAGUUGAAUUUGGCCGAGUUUAUCAGGCGUGCGUACGGUACCAAUUACGUCGAGACGGUUCGGCUGCAGAUACAUGCAAAUGUGCGCAUCAAGCGGAUCUAUUUCUGCGAUCAGCUGUACACGAACGAUGAGACACCGGCUGAGCUGCGACUUUUCCCACCGGUGCGCCCCAACCGGAUGGUGCAGCUGAAGGCACAGCAGAAGCCGGCCGCAAUCCCUCACGAACCGAUCGAAACGGUACGGCCUCCGACCCCGGUGGAUGCGGCGGACAUUUCGAACAUGUUGGAAAACGAACUGGCCCCUGCCCAGUGCGCUGUUGGAACGGACGGUUAAAUUUGGUCGUUGAUUGGUGGAUGGAAGAAGUUUUUUUUAACGCUAGAAUUAUACAGUUUUGUACAU